CUGAGAGUUUUUAAUAUAAAUAUGGACGAAACGAGAACAUUACUACAACGAAUGAACAAUCUUUCCCUGUGGAAUGGUGUUAUUGAUAUUACAGCAGAUCUCCGUUUUGAUAACUUAUCCUUUACUGUAUACGAAAAUCGGACGAAAAACCUAACAACGAACCAGACAGAAACCACUACACUCCACUAUCAUCCGAUGGAGAACGUGGUUCUCAUGAGUAUAACUUCAGUCAUCCUUGGACUUCUUAUCUUAGCCACGGUCAUUGGCAACGUUUUCGUUAUCGCUGCCAUCUUUAUGGACCGAAAUCUACAGUGUGUUGGGAACUACCUAGUACUCUCGUUAGCAGUAGCUGACCUAAUGGUGGCAUGUCUUGUGAUGCCCCUAGGAGCUGUUUACGAGGUAACUCAAGAAUGGGUCCUAGGUGCUGCCCUCUGUGAUCUGUGGACUGCGUUUGAUGUUUUGUGUUGCACAGCUUCCAUUCUACAUCUUCUGGCUAUUGCUGUUGAUAGGUUCUGGGCUGUGACGCAAGUUGAUUACGUCAGAAGUCGUAGCGCGCGACACAUCGGCACCAUGAUACUUAUCGUAUGGACCGUUGCAUUUGUCGUCUCCUUAGCUCCUAUCUUUGGAUGGAAGGAUCCAGAUUUUUUAAAGCGUAUAGAAGAGGAAAAGAGAUGUCUUGUCAGCCAGGAUGUUGCGUAUCAGGUGUUUGCUACCUUUUCUUCUUUUUAUGUGCCUCUGGUGUUGAUCCUCAUCCUAUAUUUCCGCAUCUUUCGGGAAGCUAGGAAACGAAUUCGUCACAAACCGGGAACUAAGGUUCCAAAAGCUCGUAGGAAAGUGAAAAGCAAGAACUCUUCCACAAUGGCAGCAUCGGUACCUUCUUGUAGUGAAAUGACAUCGUUUUCAAACUUGAAUUCUCAGGCAGCCAACCCAGAUAUAACCAGCUCAACUAAUGGUCUUAAUUCAGAUUCCACUCGGAUGGAGAUGCUUUCAAAAGGGAAGAGACACACCAAGGAGAGACACACCAAGGAGUCUUUAGAGGCCAAACGUGAGCGUAAAGCAGCCAAGACCCUUGCCAUCAUCACUGGGGUUUUCGUGAUUUGUUGGUUACCGUUUUUUGUGAUGGCAUUGUUGAUGCCUCUGUGUUCCGCAUGUGAACCAAGUGCUGUACUCUUCAGUUUCCUUCUUUGGUUAGGCUACGUUAAUUCCAUGCUUAAUCCCUUAAUUUAUACGAUUUUCAGUCCAGAUUUUCGAUCGGCAUUCAAAAAGAUGCUGUGUGGUGAAAUGGAGAGCCAGCGACGAAAGAGGUAGCAGUGUGAUGCUGCUAUAGGUCAGAAGUGUGAGUUAGGUUUGAUCUGUUGGCUGUUUCACUUGCAACUGUUAUUUUUCCUAUAAUUUCUUUAAAAGUCCUGAAAUUAUCAAAUAUAUCGGAUAAUUGCCAUUGAAAUCUGAUGUGACCAAAUAUCAAUCAAUUUCAAAACUGAUCCCAGAUUGUGAAUUGAUUUGAGAAAGGAAAACAAAGUGUUAUUAUUGAAAGAAAUACACGAAUAUAUCAUCUGAUAAACUAACGGGAUGCUACGACCUUUGUGUGGUCAAUGGUCAAACGUGUACAGAUUUGCUUAAUUCGGGGCUCAUGCAGCAUGUCCGUGCACGUCUGACGAGUAGUGUGCCAGCUUAAAUAAUUUGACAAAGUUUCAACUUCGGCUCGCAGCUUUUGAAAGUCGGUUUGUGUUAUUUUAAACU